AUGAAAAUGGUCCACAAAACCGCUUUCAAAAUGGUUAAGGCCUUGUGGAGUACCUUAAUCUGGUCCAUUUGGCAUGCACAUGGGCUCGUUUGGAUACCCCCAGACUCCCUGAAAACGGUCCACCAAACCGUCUGUGAAAUGGUUGAGGCCUCAUGGAGCACCUUAAUCUCAUCUGUUUGGCAUGCAUGUGGGCUUCUUCGGAUACUCCCAAACUCCCUGAAUAUGAUCAACAAAACUGUUUAUGAAAAGGUUGAGGCCUUGGUUGAUUGUUAUACAUUGAAUAUAAAGAAAUAUAAUUGA